AUGGCUGAUCGAGAACAAGAAAUAUCAUCAUCAAUAUUUUCUAGCCCAAGGAGCGGCGGACAGUCGUCAAGUCCAACACAUCCAACAUCUCGUGGGCUUACUUCUAGUAGUCCGCCGCGAGACCUACCGCCGUUUGAAGAUGACGGGGAUGAUUUAGAUAGCACAGUACGUGAAGAAGAAGAAGAAGACGGAGAAGAUCUUUUUGAUGACAACUUGGAAAGAGAUUAUCGAAACAUACCUGCUCUCGAUGUAUACGAACGAACUGGAGUUGACGAUUUAGAUUACGAACAGAUGAGUCCUACAUCUAGACGUGAAGCUGAAAUUGCGAUGCGUAAGCGAGAUCGUGAGGAAGCUAGAAUUACAGGUCGAUUGAGGGAUGGUGUUCUGUACGAUGAGAGCGAUGAAGAUGAAUCUAGACCGAGACGAAGACGUCGCUUAGCCGAAAGAGCUGCAGAUGAUGAAAGUUAUGAUAAAGAAGAGAUGAUUGAAAGUAUCGAAAAUCUUGAAGAUAUGAAAGACCAUACCGUACGAGAAUGGGUGUCAAUGCAAGCACCGCGCCUGGAGAUUAAAAAUCGAUUCAAGCAGUUUUUACGAACCUACGUAAGCGAAAAAGGAUAUAGUAUAUAUCGCGAAAAAAUUAAACAAAUGUGUCAAGCAAAUCAAUCUAGCCUAGUAAUCGAUUAUAAUCAUCUAGCGAGUGAGUGGCAAGUUAUUGCUUACUUUCUUCCUGAAGCACCUGCAGAAAUGCUAAAAAUAUUUGAUGAGGCGGCUAAGGAAGUAGUGUUGAACAUGUUUCCAAAUUAUGAACGUAUCGCUUCUGACAUUCAUAUACGAAUCGCUGAGCUACCACUCCUGGAAGAGUUGAGAUACUUGAGGCAGCUACAUCUGAAUCAGCUUAUUCGUACAAGAGGGGUUGUCACCAGUAACACAGGCAUUCUGCCACAGUUAAAACUGGUUAAAUUUAAUUGCGUCAAAUGUUCAUAUAUAUUGGGACCCUUCUAUCAAGGCCAAGAACGGGAGACAAAACCCGGUUCAUGCCCUGAAUGUCAGUCUAGUGGGCCAUUUGAGAUCAAUAUGGAGCAGGUCGCUUAUUACUACAAUCGAUAUACGGUAUACCAGAACUAUCAGCGAAUAACGAUUCAGGAAAGUCCAGGGAAGGUAGCCGCUGGAAGGCUGCCUAGGUCUAAAGAUGCGUUGCUGUUAGCGGAUCUUGUUGAUAGCUGUAAACCUGGAGAUGAGAUUGAGAUUACUGGAAUUUACCGAAAUAGUUAUGACACGUCAUUAAAUACUGCGAACGGUUUUCCAGUAUUUACUACAGUUAUCGAAGCCAAUUAUAUCAAUAAGAAGGAUAAUAAAUCAGUCAUUGAUGCUUUAACUGAUGAUGAUGUUAAGACGAUCAUUUCGUUAUCGAAAGACGAACGUAUCGGUGAAAGGAUUGUUGAAAGUAUAGCUCCGUCAAUAUACGGGCAUCUAAAAGUGAGGCGAGCGAUUGCUGUUGCUCUAUUUGGAGGUGAACCAAAAGAUCCAGGUAACAAGCACCGCGUUAGAGGUGAUAUCAAUUUGCUUAUCUGUGGUGAUCCUGGGACAGCGAAAUCACAAUUUUUAAAAUAUGUUGAGAAAAUUGCACAUAGAUCUGUUUUUACGACUGGACAAGGUGCCUCAGCUGUUGGUCUUACUGCCUACGUUAAUCGAAAUCCGGUUUCUAAGGAAUGGACUUUAGAGGCUGGUGCCUUAGUACUGGCCGAUAAAGGAGUGUGCCUGAUUGAUGAAUUUGACAAGAUGAACGAUCAAGAUCGUACGAGUAUCCAUGAAGCUAUGGAACAACAAAGUAUCUCUAUUUCUAAAGCUGGUAUUGUAACAUCAUUGCAAGCAAGAUGUACGAUUAUUGCUGCUGCUAAUCCACUGGGUGGUCGAUAUGAUCCAUCUCUCACAUUUUCGGAGAAUGUAGACUUAACGGAGCCAAUAUUAUCCCGUUUUGAUAUUUUAUGUACAGUCCGUGAUACGGUUGAUCCGGUGCAGGAUGAACAGUUAGCUAAGUUCGUUGUUGCUAGUCACGUACAACAUCAUCCAAAUAAAGAUGUUGGCGACAACGAAAAAGAUGCAGCAGAAGAUCAAUUACCGUCAUCAUCAGGAUUAGAGAAGAUUCCUCAGGAAAUGUUACGCAAGUAUAUUAUUUAUGCUAGAGAAAAAGUUAACCCAAAAUUACAUAAUAUUAACCAAGACAAAGUCGCCCAUUUGUAUGCUGAAUUACGUCGCGAGUCAAUGGCAACUGGUAGCAUUCCGAUUACCGUUAGACAUAUUGAGUCAAUGAUUCGGAUUGCAGAAGCUAAUGCUCGCAUGCACUUGAGAGAAUACGUCAGUGAAGAUGAUGUAAACAUGGCAAUACGCAUUAUGCUUGAAAGCUUUAUUGAUACUCAAAAGUUUUCAGUUAUGAAAGGCAUGGCUAAGGCUUUCUCCAAGUACUUGAUGUAUAACAAGGACAACAACGAGCUACUGUUAUUCUUAAUUAAGCAGAUGGUUCGUGACCAGUCUGCGUACUAUCGUAAUAGAUAUGGAGGAGAACAAGAUUAUGUCGAAAUUGAAGAGGAAGAAUUUGCUGAAAAGGCAAGGCAGCUACACAUUCACAGUUUAAAGAAAUUCUAUGAGAGUGAACUCUUCACUGGGAACAGAUUCGUUUAUGAUAGUUCGCGUAAAUUGAUAAUCCAAUCAUUGUAA